UUUUCUUCAUCUUCUUCCUCUCCUUUUCCUUCUUCACCCUAUCAACUCUCUCUCUCUCUCUCUCUCUCUCUCUCUCUCUCUCCAACACAUUGCUUCCUUUCUUCUCACCAUUUCCUCGAAAAACCUUCACAAUUUUCAUUCUAUUUUUCAUCCUUCAAAUCUAAACCCAACAAGCUUCAAAACAACACCAUCAAACCCACCCCAUUUUCACUUCUUCAACCCAUACACUCUUCAACUUCGUCUUCAUUCCCAACCAACCAUCACACUUCAGAAAAAAAAAAAAACUUUUUCUUCAUUUCUCAGUGUUCAGGUCUUAUCUCCGUUACCCUUUUCAUCCUGGGUGCUAAGAAAAGCAAGUACAUGAAAAAGGAAGAAACUUUCCAUCUGGGUCAUGAGAUUUGGUAUGUUCAAGUUCAACAUUCCUAAGCUCUUAGCUUAUGCUUUUAAUUUCCACUGUUUCCUAUUUACCUAGAUCUUUCUAACUAAGAAAAUGUCAAGAUUACUCUUUUCAGAUACAAUAAUCAAAAGGGUCACAACACUGUUCAAUUUGAAGUUCCUUUGUCAAAUUCAUGGUGGUAGCUUCCUAAUUUGUUGCAAGAUUCUGUGAUAUUCAUGGUGGCAGUGUGUGUUGUGGCUUAUUGAGUUUCUGAGCUUUGGACUAAGGUUUUUGGUGCAAAUGUGAGUUGACUAUUGGACUCAUUAUAACAUAUCUUAAUUUGUCUCUCUGAGCUUAUAUAGAUAUGCUUCAACUGGAGUGUUUCCUUAGAUUAGUACUGUUGCUGUAUGUUUCAUUUGGCUUCUUGCUACAUCCUGUUGUAACAACUGUGAUACCAUUAGGUUCAAAACUUUCUGUUGUUGAUAAUAAUUGUUGGGUUUCCACCAAUGGCGAUUUUGCCUUCGGGUUCUUUAACAUUUCCGAUGAACCUAACCAGUAUAGUGUCGGCAUUCGGUUCAAUUCAAAGUCCAUUCCUUAUAGCCUACAAGAACUUGUAUGGAUUGCUGGUGCUCAUGACAAAGUAAGCAACCUGUCCUAUUUCCAACUCACUCCACAAGGGGAACUUAUAUUGUUUGAUUCCUUACAUGGAGUCACUGUGUGGACCAGUCACACAGGAAAUCGAUCUGUUGUUUCGGCUGCUCUUCACGACAACGGAAAUCUUAUUCUGAUAGAUGCAAAACAAAACAUUAUUUGGCAAAGUUUUAAUAAUCCUUCUGAUACACUUCUCCCAGGACAGAGUUUAGCUGUUUACGAUACGCUUCGUGCUUCAACAACACAUCCCGAGACUAGUUACUAUAGUCUUUACAUGAAUGCUUCUGGUCGGUUGCAGCUUCGUUGGCGGAGUAGUAUUGUAUACUGGACGAGUGAAAGCCUCUCUUCUACUGGAAAUCUCACUGCAUUCCUUACAACUGAUGGAUCUUUGCAACUUCGAGACCAAAAUUCGAAAGCUGUAUGGAGUGUGUUUGGAGAAGACCACAAUGAUUCUGUGAGUUAUCGGUUUCUUAGGCUAGAUUUGGAUGGCAAUCUCCGGUUAUACUCAUGGAUGGAAGCUUCACAAUCAUGGAGAUCUGUUUGGCAAGCUGUGGAGAAUCAAUGCAAAGUCUUUGCUACUUGUGGCCAACGUGGUGUCUGUGUCUUCACUGCUUCAGGUUCUGCCGAGUGCCGGUGCCCUUUUAAGGUAACUGAGACUGACAAUUGUUUGGUUCCGUAUGAACAAGGUUGCACAUCUGGCACCAACAUGCAACAAUACAAGAAUGUACAUCUCUAUGGAAUUUAUUCUUCAGAUGAUUCAGUUGUCACAACUAGUCUGCAGCAAUGCAAACAGUUGUGCCUGAAUGACUCUCGGUGCACAGUCGCAACUUUUUCCAACAAUGGGGGUCCACAAUGCUCCUUAAAGAAAACCAAGUACAUAACUGGCUAUGAAGAUCCAUCUCUAAGCUCAAUAUCAUUUGUUAAGAGCUGCUCAGAUCCAUUUGCCGUAAAUCCUGGUAUCAUGAAGUCGCCUCCAUCUAAACCUUCUCCUCCAAGGAUCUGUGUUCCUUGCUUGAUUGGGGCAGCCUCAGGAACAUUUGUCAUCUUUGCUUUUGUCCAGCUGGGAAUUGUUUUCUUCAUCUGUAGAAGAAAAAAAUCUGCUAUGAGAAGAGUUACAUUAGCUUUCACAUUCCCGAAUUCUAAAGGUUUAAUGGUGUUAUCCUUCUCAGAAAUUAAGAGCAUCACUAGCGAUUUCAAGAAUCGAGUAGGGCCAAAUAUGUUCAAGGGUGUGCUACCGAGCAACCGUCUGAUGGCGAUCAAAGACCUGAAUGCAACCAUAGAAGAAAGGAAAUUCCGGAGUGCUGUUCUGAAGAUAGGGAGCAUCCACCACAAGAACCUAGUGAAGCUGGAAGGUUAUUGCUGUGAGUUCAAUCACAGAUAUUUGGUGUAUGAAUAUGCCAAAAAUGGUUCGCUGGAAAAGCAUUUAGAUGACUCUAGUCUAUGCAAGAGGCUAACUUGGAGAAAGAGAGUUGAAAUAUGCUCAAGUGUUGCGAAAGCCAUCUGUUAUUUGCACUCAGGGUGUAGGGAGUUCUUAAGCCAUGGGAAUUUGAAAUGUGAAAAUGUGAUGUUGGAUGAAGAUUCAAUUGCUAAGCUGUCUGAAUAUGGAUUUGCAAUAGUUGAUGGUGAGGCUACAUAUUGCGGCUUUUCAGCUGGAAAAGAUGUAGGAGAUUUUGGCAAACUAGUAUUAACCUUAUUGACCGGGCGUCGAGAUGACGAACAAGUUUGUGAAUGGGCAUACAAAGAAUGGAUGGAAGGGAGGGUAGCUAAUGUGGUUGAUAAAAGAAUUGUCGGUGGUGCUGAUUUGGAGGAACUUGAACGCUCAUUAAGAAUCGCAUUCUGGUGCGUUCAAGUCAAUGAACAUAAAAGACCUCCAAUGGAAGAGGUAGUGAGAGUACUAGAUGGUACGUUGAAUGUUGAUCCACCACCACCUCCAUUUCAUUUGCCAUUUGAUCCACAAGAAAAUGGUUCAGAAACAGAAUCAGUGGUUUACUAGUGUUUAUUAUGCUAGUUUAAUUUUUAGGAGGCACUUUUCAUUAAGUUUACAUUUUCAGUUGCCUUCAGAUUGAACAUGUAUAGUAGGACUAACAUGUAGGGGAAAAAUAUGCCCUUUAAUUUUUGUCCCUCAGACUAUAAGGGGCACUGAUUGUAAAGUUUGAAUACCAUGUUUAUUUGAGAUUUGUGGCAUCUUACUUAUUUAAGUCUCCAUUUGAGCACUGA